CGGCACUCGAAGCUCAAAUUUCAAUUUCGGCGCUCGAGCUCAAGCAGUCCUUUCUACUGCUUUUGUAUCGACGACCGACUUUGCCCUUCGCCUCCUCGUUGUAUGCCAGGCUUCCGCUGCGGUGGGAACUCGAACGGCGACUGCUACUGCGUGUACGACUACGGUUAGACGCACGACUCACUACCAAGACUACACCUCUCUCUCUCUUUUUUCCAACAACUGACAACCAUGGAGUGGCUCGAAAUCGCCAAGGACCUCAACGCCGGCACGGUCGGCGGCGUCGCCGGUAUUGUCGCGGGCCAUCCGCUCGACACAAUCAAGGUGCGCCUCCAGACGCAGUGCCACACGUCGUCACACGGCAUUGCCUCGUCGAUUCGCGCGAUCGCCGCGACCGAAGGCUUUCGUGGCUUUUACAAGGGCAUGCUGUCCCCGAUCCUCUCAAACGCACCGAUCAACGCGGUUGUCUUUGCCAUUUACGGCCAAGUCUCGCGCCUCUUUCUCCAAGACAAGAAGGAGCUCACGCCGACGGAGCAGCUCAUCGCCGGGUCGGCGGCCGGCCUCUUUCAAGUGUCAUUUGCGGCACCGGCCGAGCUCGUCAAGAUCACGAUGCAAGUCAACAACUACCCGAGCAACUACUCGUCCAUCACGUGCGCCAAGGACAUUCUCGCGAGCCAAGGCAUGAAGGGCCUGUACCGCGGGUGGCAGCUCAACAUGCUCCGUGACGUGCCGGCGUUUGGCUCGUACUUUUACUCGUACGAGCUGCUCAAGCACUGGCUCACGGACGGCUGCUCCGAGAACGAGACGACCAUGAACCUCCUCCUCGCGGGUGGCUCGGCCGGCUCGAUCUCAUGGAUGGUCACGCAGCCCAUUGACGUCGUCAAGACGCUCGUCCAGAGCCAGCCCGCGACGUCGCCGCUCUCGGCCCUCGAGGUUGUCAAGCACCACUACAAGCUCGAAGGCGCGGGCUUUCUCUUCCGCGGCUUUGGCGCAACGAUCCUCCGCGCGUUUCCUGUCUCGGCCGUCACCUUCUUGGUGUACGAACGCUCGAUGCAGUACAUGAACAUGGAUUUUGAGUACGCGCCCAACGUCGAGACGCAAUAAGACCCGAGUCCACCGUAAUAAGUACAAAUUGAAAUACAAAAUGCCUGGCGAAAACAC